CGACGACAACGCCGACGCUUUCACUUGCGCAAUCGAUCAAUUGAUUGCUACUCUCGUCCGCGACACGAAAACCAACACUCUUCCAACUCACAACACCAUCAGAAAUCCAUCACAAUGGGUCUCAGUCUCUUCGACCGCAUCCAAGCCAAGAUCGAGCUGUUCCGUCUUGAACAGCGCUACACCCGCCGCCGUCAUCGUCGCUCCACCUUUGUCUCCAACGCUACCUACGUUGAUGGCGAAUACGUCUACAACACCCCCAACACCACUGGUUCCUCGACCAAGUCGAGCGCGACCAACGCCACACGAGAAAUGCCCUUCUCCCCCGACGUCGGCGUCAGCUCCCCCAAAGAAGAAACACCCGCCAGGAAGGUCUCCAACAGGUGGUCUACCGUGCCCGGAUUUGGCAGCAGCUCGACACCCUCGAAGCAGCCUAGCAUGGAGAGCGUAUCGCCCGAGCAGCCAAACUUUGAGAGUCGGUACCAGCAGAACUCGUGGGGAAGGAGCUCGAAGCGCGUCAACUUCAACGAGGCCGAUCGGUAGAAGCGCUUCGCUCGUUGGCUUGUUGCUGUGUAGGCAGAUCACCGCUGUUCGUACUUGACAAGGAGCGACAUGAUCAGACACGCACACACAACUUUUGGGCAGGACAUGGCCAUUUCGGAAACGGAUAUGUCGCCUGUCUUCCCAUUUGUAUAUUUUUGAUGCCCACAUGACGCUCAAUCACGGCACGACCUUCGAUAUCGG